AUGCACGGGACCGCUUAUUCUGCGUGGACGCGGGCGGCGCUGCCCGCGGGAGGAGGCAGGGCGGAGGCGCUGGUGUCGCCGCCCGUCGAGGAGUCGCCGGCGCGCGUGGAGCGGGAGAGCGGCGAGGUGACGCUGGCCGCGGCCCUCGACCGGGAGGCGGCGGCCGCCUGCGAGCUCGUCGUCCGCGUCCGGGAGCGCCGAGGAAAGGAUUGGUACUUGGUGCGCUUGUCACUUACUGUGACAGACGUGAAUGACAACGUACCUGAGUGGGCCAUGGAGCCCUUCCCGUUCUUGGCUGUGGUUUCCCCUGAAGCUGCAGGAGGUACUGAAGUAUACAAGCUGCAUGCUGUGGAUGCAGAUGAAGGGAUCCAUGGAGCUGUAGAAUAUUUUCUCUUGGAAGGUGGUGAAGACAGAUUCGAAGUUGAGAAGGACACUGGCUGGAUUAAAACGACAGGUUUGCCAUUGGUGAGGGACAAGGAGUAUUUACUGACUGUCCUAGCAGCAGAUAAACUUGGAAGCAGAGGGUCUCCAGCCUCCAUUUCUGUAAUUGCUGGAUUUCGACCACCACAGUUCACCAACAUGUCAUACUUUGUUUAUGUUCCUGAAAGUAUGCCACAAGGAAAAUCCUUUCUUACAGUCACUGCUGUAUCAUAUCAAAAGAAAUCCCUGAGCUACAGUUUACUGACUAAUCCUAGUGGUCUAUUCAGUAUUGAUUGGGCAACAGGAGAUAUUAGUUUAACUCGGAGUGUGGAUUAUGAGAGUGACCAACACCAGUAUCUUCUUUUGGUCAGAGCAGAGGAAAAUGAGGAACACUUCAGUAGUGCAGCUGAGGUUUUGGUUGUAAUCACAGAUGUGAAUGAUUGUGCCCCUGAAUUUCAUCAGUUGAUUUACAGCAAAAUUGGUGUUCCUGAAACAGUUACUAUGACAACUGCGCUUCUACAAGUGACAGCCACUGACUGCGAUUCAAAAGAGAAAGCUGAAUUACUGUAUUACACUUUGAGUCAAGACUUCAGUAUUACUUCUCAUGGUACUAUUUUUCCAGCAACACGGUUGGACUAUGAGCGACCUAACCAUCUUUAUGAGUUCAUAAUUUUGGCUGUAGAUAAAGGGGAAGAGCCAAAAACUGGGACAGCAACUGUUAGGAUCUAUGUUUCAAAUGUGAAUGAUGAAGCACCUGAGUUUUCCCAGGCAAUCUACAAGAGUUUCGUUUCUGAAGAUGCAGGCCCAAACACACUGAUUGCUACAGUUAAUGCUGUUGACCCUGAUGGAGAUGGUGUGACAUAUGAUAUUCUCUCUGGGAAUCAGAAAGGAAACUUUGUUAUUGACCCUAAGAAAGGGCUAGUUAGACUUCGUUCAAGUCCGUUUCCUAAGCUGCAGGGGACAGAAUAUGUACUUCAUGUCACAGCUACUGAUGAUAACGCUUCUGGAGGGCCCCAUGCUCUUACAAGUACUGCCCAGGUUGUUGUGAAAGUUGAUGAUGUCAACAAUAACAAACCUGUCUUUCAGAAGUGUCAGUAUUAUCAGGAACAUGCUUCUGUAUUGGAAAACCAGCCUUCAGGGACAGUUGUACUGCAGGUUGAAGCCACUGAUGCUGAUGAAGGAGCCAAUGGUAUAGUGAAAUAUGGCUUAAUGCACAGAGGUGGUGUCUUACCAGCAUUUAAUAUUCAUCCUGACACAGGAGUUCUGACAACUGUUCAGGUAUUUGAUCGAGAAAAACAGAGGGAAUAUCCUAUCACUGUGACAGCAACAGAUCAGGCAGCGGAACCACUCAUUGGAAUGUGCCAGAUAAAUAUUAUCAUCCUGGACCAAAAUGACAAUGAUCCCAGAUUUGAAAACACCCACUAUGAAUAUUUUCUAAGAGAGGACACAAGAGUUGGGACCAGCUUUCUUCGUGUUGCAGCCCAUGAUGAUGACUACAGCUCAAAUGCUGCCAUUACAUAUUCAAUAGCAAAUGAAGAACCAGAUUAUUUACAAAUUAAUCCUACUACAGGCUGGGUGUUUGUGAACCAACCCAUAUCCCAGAGGUCAUCUGUAAUUCGAGAGAUUAUUGCUAUGGAUGGAGGCAAUAGGAGCAGUAAAGUUGAACUUGCAGUAACUAUUACUAGUGCAAAAAACCAACCUCCACAGUGGGAAAGAGACAGCUAUGAAGUUGUUAUUCCAGAGAAUACUACACGCGAUGCAUCAGUUUUGACAAUCAAAGCAACUUCUCCCCUUGGUGAUCCCCGUGUGACUUACAACCUAGAAGAGGGUCUUGUUCCGGAGACCAACAUGCCAGUUCGUUUCUACCUGACUCCAAACAGACAUGAUGGUUCUGCUUCAAUCCUGGUAGCUGAGCCACUAGAUUAUGAAACAACAAAAAGCUUUCUGCUGAGGGUUCGAGCACAGAAUGUUGCUGCAGUUCCUCUGGCAGCAUUCGUUACGGUCUAUAUUAAUGUAACAGAUGUCAAUGACAAUGUCCCAUUCUUCACUUCAUCUAUUUAUGAAGCCUCAGUAACGGAGGGAGCUGCUGUUGGGACAUUUGUUGUUCAGGUGUCUGCCACUGACCUUGACCUUGGUCAGAAUGGUGAGAUAACUUACUCCCUGUUACAUGACAGUGGCAGAGACUACACAUAUUUUCACUUGGACUCACAGACAGGCUCAAUAUACACUGCCUCAGAGUUUGAUAGAGAGAAGAAGGGGUCCUAUCUUCUAGAAGUCAAGUCAGUAGAUGGCUCUGAAUCAGCUCGACCUGGAAAACACGGGAAGCCGAACUCUGACAUGGCCUACGUGCGCAUUUUUAUCAGCGAUGUGAAUGAUAACAAGCCUGUCUUCUCUCAGAGUGUCUAUGAAGUAAAUGUGGAUGAAGACCAAGAUGUGGGCUCAACUAUCAUUACAGUCAGUGCUAAUGAUGAAGAUGAAGGAACAAAUGCUAAAUUACGGUAUCAGAUCACAGCUGGAAACACAGGAGGAGUACUUGAUGUAGAACCAGAAACAGGAGCCAUUUUUAUUGCCCAACCACUGGAUUAUGAAGAAACAAAAAUGUACGAGAUUCACUUGUUGGCCUCUGAUGGGAAAUGGGAAGAUUAUGCAGUUGUCAUCAUCAAUGUCAUGAAUAAAAAUGAUGAGACUCCAGUUUUCUCUAUCAAUGAAUACUAUGGAAAUAUAAUUGAGGAACUGGAUGGGUUACCAGUCUUUGUACUUCAGGUUAAGGCAAAUGAUCCUGACAGUAAUGUGGAUGAAGAUUUGAGAUACUCAUUGUAUGGACACGGUGCAGCUGAUAUUUUCACAAUAGAUGAGAAAAUGGGCAGCGUUUACUCACACAAGAUGUUGGACCGGGAAGAGCGUGCAUUGUGGAGAUUUGUUGUAUUGGCUACUGAUGAAGGUGGAGAAGGACUUACGGGAUUUGCUGAUGUAAUUAUUAAUGUGUGGGAUAUAAAUGACAAUGCACCUAUGUUCACAUGCAUGCCCGAUGAUUGCAAUGGGAGUGUCUUUGAAAAUUCUCCUGCAGACACGUUAGUCAUGGAAAUGGGUGCAGUCGAUCGUGAUGAUCCAAAUGUAGGUCUUAAUGCUGUUCUGACUUACAGGAUAACAAAGAAUGUAAAAAAUGAGUUUGGUGCUGACAUGUUUAAUAUCAAUCCCAAUACUGGUACAAUCCAUGUAGCAGGGGGAAUGCUGGACAGAGAAAGGACUGACAAUUAUUUUCUCAUUGUUGAAGCAAGAGAUGGUGGAGGGCUAACGGGAACUGGCACUGCCACUGUCUGGAUUGCAGACGUCAAUGAUCAGGUACCUAAAUUCACAAAAAAGAUGUGGCAGGCAGCAAUUCCUGAAAACAGUGCCAUCGACUCAGAAGUUCUGCAAGUGUGUGCUACAGAUGCAGAUGUUGGGGAAAAUGCUGACUUAAUAUUCAGUAUCAUCGAGGGAGACCCAGAUCAGAAGUUUUAUAUUGAGAAUGACAAAGAAUGGCAAUGUGCCACUAUUCGACUGAAACAAACCCUGGAUUUUGAGAAUGCACGUGAAAGGCAGUUUAAUCUUACUAUUACAGUGGAAGAUCUUGAUUUUUCUAGUAUUGCAGUGUGCCUGAUAGAAGUUGAAGACUUUAAUGACCACAGCCCGGUUUUCCUUUCUCAGUUUAUUCAGACAAGCCCUUUCUUUGAAAACAUGCCUGUAGGUACUACAGUAACCACAGUGAGAGCUACAGACAAGGAUUCUGGUUUGAAUGGGAACAUUAUAUAUUCUAUGAAGUCAGAUUCGGAUCCUCUGAGACAGUUUGAGGUCGACCAACAUGGUCACGUGAUUGUGGCAAAUACUCUAGAUCGUGAAGUCAUUCAAAAAUACAGUUUAAUUGUUCAAGCUUCAGAUCAAGGAACACCUGCCUGCACAGGAAGUGUUACAGUUUUGAUAAACUUGCUUGAUGUUAAUGACAAUGGACCAAGGUUUGAGGCACCAUAUAUGCCUGUAGUAUGGGAAAAUAUAUUGAAGCCUGAAAUAGUGUAUAUGAACCAUACAUCAAAACUGCUUCAUGCUUUUGAUCCAGACAGUGAGGAAAAUGGGCCACCCUUUACAUUUUCAUUGCCACCAGAGUAUCAGAAUUCUUUGGAUUUUUCUCUUACUGACAACAGAAAUAACACAGCAACUGUAACUGCUUUGAGGUCCUUUGACAGAGAAAAGCAGAAGGUGUUUCAUCUGCCAAUAGUUAUAACAGAUAGUGGGAUUCCAGCUAUGAGCUCUACGAACACCCUAACUAUAACAAUUGGUGAUGAAAAUGACAACUGCCAUGAAUCUGGCCAUAAGGAAGUCUAUAUGUACAGUUACAAAGGAAAAUGGUCAACAACGGUGCUUGGGGAAGUGUUUGCACCAGAUCAAGAUGACUGGGACAAUAAAACAUUUCUCUCUGAAGGAAAACUGCUCAAGUCUUUUAGAUUAAAUCAGAGGACUGGUUCUUUGAUGAUGGUGGAUAAUACUUCUCAAGGAAUAUACAACUUAAAAGUUAGAGUUUCUGAUGGAGUUUGUCCUGAUGUUGUAUCUACGGUACAAAUCCAUGUCAAAGAGCUGGAAAAUGAAGCCAUACAAAACUCAGCCACUGUGCGUCUGUCAGAUAUCACAGCAGAGGAGUUCAUAAGGAGAGAUGAACAUGGCAAAACAAGACAUGACAAGUUCAAGGAAUUACUAGCAAAAAUGUUACCUGCUAAGCUUAGUGAUAUCAUUGUCUUCAGUGUGAUGAACAUUGAUGGAAAACAGACAGAUAUAAGAUUUGCAGUCUGUGAUGGCUCGGCAUAUUACAGACCUGAGAAACUGCAUGCUGAGAUGGCAGCAUUUAAAAAUGAGAUCCAGUCAGCUUUACAACUGAACAUUUCACAGAUCGAUGUAGAUGAAUGCAGGAGUGCAAAUUGUAGUGAGGGUAAUGGUUGUACAAACUACCUCACCAUGAGUGACAUCCCAACAGUGAUGGAUACUGGAAGCGUGUCAUUCGUCUCGGUAACAACCACCAUCAAUGCAGUCUGCACCUGUUCAGCUAGGGACCGAGUUCAUCAGUCUUGUUCCUCCUACCCUCAAAGCCCUUGUCUCAAUGGUGGGAUGUGUAUUGACACUUUGAAUGGUUACAGAUGUCUUUGUCCUGCUUCAUUUCAUGGCCCAGACUGCCAGCAGACUAAGCACAGUUUCCAUGGAAAUGGUUAUGCAUGGUUUCGUCCCAUCAGGCCUUGUUUUGAAAGCUCACUCUCUUUAGAGUUUAUUACUGUGGUUCCAGAUGGACUUUUACUAUAUAGUGGUCCUUUAUCAAAUCCAGAACCUGGGAGUACAGAAAACUUCAUUGCAAUAGAACUCUCCAGUGGUAUUCCUGUGCUGAAGAUAAGCCAUGGCUCAGGUUUUGUGAUGCUGCAGUUUCCAAGUCACCUGAAUGUAGCAGACAAAAAAUGGCAUCGACUAGAAGUCAGAACCAAUGAUGGAAAACGAAACAGGAAAAAAACCCAACCCUUUUUGCUUGAUGAUUUGGAGGACAUCAGAGAAAAUAUCCUCAACUACAAUGAAGAAGGGGGUGGGGAACAAGACGAAGAUGCAUACAAUAUGGCAGAACUGCAGGUGUCUAUUCAAACCAGCCCAGUCUAUUCCCUCUACAAGAAGAAAGAAAAAACACCAACACUGAACAGUUUCUGUAGUGACGCAUCCCCAGGCGCCCAGGAGCAGACCAAAACAUCAGCAACUACAGAAGCCUCUUUCACUAACACAGACUUUGGUCAGUACUUGUCAGAUGUUGUCAGAGAUGCCGAUGGUCAUCCCCAGGCUGUACCCCCAGACUCACUGCGGGCAUUUUGCACUGAAGGAGAAGGCUCAGUUGCUAGCAGUCCGAUUACCCUGAGCUCCUCCGGGCUGGAUGAGGGUAUAGUGUAUGAUGACAUUAAAGACUGGGGACCACAGUUUGAGAAACUAAGUGAACUGUACUCACAUAUAGAUGCAGAAGACCUGUAG